UGUGAACAUCUUCAGUGUCAAGGUCUUAAGAUCAGUUGCAAAGACCUAUGGUUGAAGAUCGAGUGGAGUGCUUUGUGCCGAUUCCGAGGUUCAAAAGCAACUGGACAUUGUUGGAUUUAACUCCCAUUCAAUAAAUAAGUUCCAUUACACCUUCUGUGAAAAAGAAUGAUCUUGGAACUUCUGAAACAAAUUCGUCAAUGGUAGUCAAGAUCCAAAUAUCAGUUUUCAUCUAAAUGUUACAACUACCGGUUGGAAAAGUGAAGUGAAUGUGCAAAGCGCUAGUGCUCAGUUAAACAGCUUUGAAUUAGUGGAAGUUUGUGUAUGCGAUCGAACUUAUUAUUGCUGAAACCAUGUGUGGACGCGACCUUAAUGAGAACCGUUAGAAGAGUCUUGGUAGACUGUUCAUUCCAGCUAAGCCGCGUACUGUCGCUGUACAAUAAACAAGAAAGUUAAAUUUUUUUUCGGAACCGUUAAACAAAAAAGUGGUCAGCAAUCGCACUAGUAAGAAACCAAACGAGAAGAAGAAAUCAAGAAAGGAGUUCUCGACCACUUAGCGCUUUCACGAAAAAAAUAGCAGAAGUGCACUUUAGCGCUGAGUUAAUUAUUGCAUCGAAGCACUCGCGUAAACUGGAUUAUAAUAGUCCAACAUUAAAGAUAUGACCUAGAAUCAGCUUUUAGUGGCUUUUCCCUGCAGCAGUUUCGCGCACCUCUUUAAACAUUCUUCUUCCAACUUGGCCGUUCUGGGAUUCGGCACGCUAAGAACGCAUUCGCCAACGGUCAACAGUGCAUUCGCACGUAUAUAGCUGCGUUUUUAACUACAAGCAGAUUUUCGCGAAUAUCUUGCCAAGAACUUGCCGUUGCAUUUUGCAACGUUGGCUGAGAUUUUUUCUUAGCUCCGAUCAUAGCAUCUUCUUGAAGAUAGUGGACCUUCCAUCGGGUUUACGAUCUUUGGUUUCCGUUGGCAGUGAUUUUCUGCAGUUUUACAUAUUUUGCAGAUCUACAUAUUUAUGCUCAAAGAUGUUGACGAGUCGGAGAAAAUCAAAAACAUCGUCGAAAGUACGUAGUAGUGAUUUAGGCAGUAAUCAACGACCCUCUUCAAGUUUGCAUCUUGGGAACUGUUAUCAGCAUCGACCUCGAUUUCAACUUUUCGCCGUAGCCGUAGUAGUUCUUAAUUUAUUUCAACUAGCCCUAGCCAAUCCAGUUUUUGUGAAUAAUCCUAGUUUAGCGCAUUUUCAAUCCGGCCGAAAUAUCCGACAUCUUCCAUGCGUCGUGCGAAAAUCUGGGCUUUCUGGUGUUUGUAUGUUCGCCAUAGACUGCAUUAAAGCAAAUGGUACUCAUCUGGGAACAUGUAUUGACCGAUUUUACUUUGGUUCAUGCUGCCAAGUGCAUGAUGAAAGUGUAUUACUUGAUCCAGAAAUUAACGAUAACAGCAUAGAUCAAAACACAAUAUCGCAUUACCAGCAUGAAUCAACAACUCUUCCUGAUAGUGACUUGUUUAGAAUUACAACACCCAAAACAACAACCACCACUACAAAGACUAGUAGUUUAGUUGAUGAGAUAAUAGCGACCAAUAUUCAGAAUAUUACAGCAGCAAUUAAGGAUGCAAAUUCAACUAUAAUACCGAUUUAUGUAAAGCCAAGGCCCACUAUUAUUGGUACUUCAACGGAAAUCAUUUCUGGUGAUGGUAUAAGCAACAGUAGUAGCCUCACUACAGUUUUAUCGACAAGCAUCACAGCUGAACUAACUAGUACACAGGAACCUUCAACUGAAUCUGAAAUCGUUACAACAACCAUCUCAGUAUUGACAACAACAAGUGCACCGAAAAAGGAGCCUGUGAAAACCACAACACUCCCGACAAAAGUUACUACGUUUCAAAUCGUUGAUGAUGAAAUAACCACAAUUCUUCCAUCAACACUUGCACCCAGCGCGCCACCAGUAACAACACUUCCUCCAAUAAUCCCCCCACCAAAGCGACCGACGAAAAGACCAACAAUUCAUAGAACUACAACACACAAAACCACUACCAAGGUACCUCGACCGACACUCACUCCUGUGAACAGUAUUCAUACAGAUACCACAAAAAAGCCUCCAAAAACAACUACUCAUAGGCCUCAUGCUUCAACAACAAAACGCACGACAGCCAAACGACCUGUCACAAAGCGACCCAGUUCAUCAUCGACAGCACAUAGAAAACCUCCAAAAAGACCAGCAACUACGUAUUCACCGACUUCUACACACUCUCAUAAAGGUAACACAACAAAAUUUCCUACAAGAAAGCCGAUUAGGACAACAACUACCACCCGAAUUCCAAUCACUACAACUGUUUUGACUACCAGUUCAACAAAAGCUCCUAGGCCUAAACCAAAACCAACCGCUGAGAUAGUUAAAGUCCCGCCAACUACAACUACAGAGGUACCAGCUCAUAAGGAAAGCAUGGAAAAUGACUUGCAAACUACUGAAAUUCCAACAACGACAACAAAAGUGAAGCCUACGAUAUCAUCUACCACUUCAUUGCCAACAACUGAGCGCGUUCCUAGUUCAUCGCCAACAAGUACAACGACAGAAGAAGUCCCUAGCACAACAUCCACAUCACAGAGCACUACCACUAUCACUAAAGCAACUACAACGCCGAGUCCAACUAAAACUACGACAUCGAGUCCGACUAAAACUACAACCGAAACCCUAACUAUGUCAACUGUUACAGAAGCAAAAUCGCCGCCUCCCACAACAACUCCAGGCAAUUUGGAAGGUUCCUCAGCAACACCUUCGCCUUCAAUUGAAACAAGUACAGUAACAACUACCACAUCUUCAGAAAAACCAACUCAUUUGACCACAACUGCAACGUCCGUUAUUUCACCAACUCCUUCUACAAUAGUCCCUACGGUCAUUGAUAUGACAACGCUGAAGCCAGGUUUGGUAACAUGGACAAACCUUGACGACAUGCCAACAAAUAUUUCCUCAACAAUCAAUGAUACUGGAGUAGAUAAUUGGAAUCCCGUACUCCCUCCGGAUUGGGUUCCGUUGGUUACUAUAAGUCCUACUGUAAGCACAACCACUUCGGCCAGCAGCAACGUACCAAUCCUGUUAGACGAAGUGAGCACGAAAGGCCCAGAAGUGACGCCGUCCACCCAAUCAACAGAAACGCCUACAACGCAGAAACCAAGCGCUCCACCAGUAGAUCUAACAACCCUUGGAGUACCAGUUUCGGGUGUAGAUUUGGAAAGUCCAACUUCACCAAUUUCAAUUCAUGUAGAUUCCACCACAGAAGGAAUCAUCUCCAACGACACAAUUUCAGGGCAAAUAAUGGUCAACGAAACCACCAGCUCGACUAAUGUGAGCUCUUCCACUGCUCCUCCAGUUUCAUUCGAAGGAAUUGAUUAUAGGCAAUUAUGCGGCAAAAGAAUGUUCCCAGAGCCGAGAAUUGUUGGUGGAUCGAAUGCGGCGUUUGGCCGCUGGCCAUGGCAAAUUUCUUUAAGACAAUGGCGAACUUCAACGUACCUCCAUAAAUGCGGCGCUGCUCUACUUAACGAGAACUGGGCAAUUACAGCAGCUCAUUGUGUGGAUAAUGUUCCACCAUCAGACCUACUACUACGACUUGGCGAAUAUGAUCUGGCUGAAGAAGAGGAACCCUACGGUUACCAGGAACGAAGGGUACAAAUUGUUGCUUCGCAUCCGCAAUUCGACCCGAGGACUUUUGAGUAUGAUUUAGCGUUAUUAAGAUUCUAUGAACCAGUUACAUUCCAACCGAACAUAAUUCCAGUUUGUGUUCCCGAAGACGAUACAGACUUUAUUGGCCAGACUGCGUAUGUGACGGGUUGGGGGCGAUUAUAUGAAGAUGGACCGUUGCCGAGUGUGCUGCAAGAAGUCUCGGUUCCGGUUAUUAAUAACACGAUAUGUGAGACAAUGUACAGAAAUGCUGGAUAUAUUGAGCACAUACCCCACAUAUUCAUUUGUGCUGGAUGGAAAAAGGGAGGAUACGACUCAUGCGAAGGUGAUUCCGGUGGUCCAAUGGUUCUACAAAGGGAUGACAAACGAUUUUUGUUAGGUGGAGUUAUAUCGUGGGGAAUUGGGUGUGCGGAACCCAAUCAGCCAGGCGUUUACACUCGGAUAUCUGAGUUUAGAGAUUGGAUAAAUCAAAUUUUACAGUUUUAGUUAAAUUAAAUUAUUUAUGAUAACAUAUUCAUAAGGUAGACAGGCUAGCAACGACUGGAAUUCUUCCGAACAAAUUCCUGUAGGUAUUUUCACCAAAGGAAGUUGUUCAUUCCUGAUUGAAAGCAGUUCGUGUUCAACACAAUGUAUAAAGAUAUGUAGCGUUAUUUAUAUUCUAGGCAAAUGAAAUGCAUUUACAACCACCCAUUGAAAUAAUCAUCAAAACUCAAGAAGAAGCAUUUAUGAUACAAGUAACAUGAUAGUAACAUAUUGUUUGUUUUAAGUGAAACUAUUGAUACAAUAAAGCCAUGGGCAAUUGUGGGUUUUAUAUUUUAAACAAUCAAUAAAAAACUCUAAUUCGAUGUCAGUAGACUUACUAGAAAUUUAGAUAAUUACUGCAAGUUGACUUCGAAUUAUAAUUUUUUGUAUUUAGUAUAUUUUUAUGGAGGAACUCACACAUGACACUCAAACUGUGAGAUUUCAUAGAGAAAACCAGUGAUUGACUGUAGUAUAGCCGUUAAGAUGAAAACUUAUUGGUAGCUUCCAUUUCCAAUUCUUCACUAUUUAGAUAGUUCUUUUUCUAGAAUUUAUUUAUGUUUUAUUUAUUUAUUUAUAUAUUAAAUGCACUCGAUGAAAGUUUAAGGAAAUGUGAAACAUUUCCACUUGUAUUGGAAAUUGAUAAAUCAAAUUUGUUAUUUAUUGUAAAUAUAUUAAUACGAAAUGAUGUUUU